AUGGGUGUACCAGCGUUUUAUAGAUGGUUAAUCAACAAAUAUCCUGAAGUCAUUGAAGAUGCAAACACCAACACUACUCCAACUGUGGAAUAUGAUCAUCUUUAUCUUGACAUGAACUCCAUUAUCCACCCAUGUUUUCAUCCCAACGAUGAUAACAUCUACACUUCUCCUCCAACAACAUUUGUGGAAGUGUUUGCAAAUAUAUUUGACUACAUUGAUCACCUUGUUGCCAUUGUUAAACCUCGCAAGCUACUCUACAUGGCUAUCGAUGGAGUAGCUCCACGGGCCAAAAUGAAUCAGCAAAGGACCAGACGUUAUAGAACUGCUAAAGAUGAUGAAAUGCUUGAAGCUGAGGAGAAGAGACUGAGGAAACAAUUUGAAAUGGAAGGAAAACAAGUUGUUCCUAAGCAAGAAUGUGAAGUGUCGGAUUCUAAUAUAAUCACACCAGGAACUGAGUUCAUGCAUCAACUCUCAAAGGCUCUUAAAGCCUACAUCUCUUCAAGAAUAUCCUCUGAUUCAUUAUGGAAGGAUAUUAUGGUAAUUUUAUCUGAUGCUAAUGUUCCUGGAGAAGGGGAACAUAAGAUUAUGUCAUUCGUUAGAAAACAGCGCGGACUUUCUGAUUACAAUCCCAACACUGUCCACUGCUUAUAUGGCUCGGAUGCUGAUCUUAUAAUGCUUGGACUGUCAAGCCAUGAGCCUCAUUUUUCAAUUUUAAGAGAGCUUUUGCAUAUUUGGUUGUUGAGGGAAUAUCUUGAACUUGACAUGAAGAUACAAGAUCCUCCCAAAAAUUUCAUCGUUGAUUUUGAGCGGAUUGUUGACGAUUUUAUCUUCAUUUGUUUCUUCGCUGGAAAUGAUUUUCUUCCUCAUUUGCCAUCUUUGGAUAUUUUUGAAGGGUCUAUUGAUUUACUUAUGACUGUUUACAAGCAAGAGUUUCAUAAACUUGGAGGAUAUCUUGUCGACAUAAAUAAGAUUGGUGAGAAACAUAGUGCUUUUGUGAAGCUAUCAAGAGUUGAAAAAUUCAUACUUAUGGUUGGUACAUAUGAAGAAAAAAUCUUCAAUAGAAGAAGUGCAAUUAGAGCCAAGAAACUGAGAAGGCUUAUUAGUGAUCAUGAAAACUUAAAGCAAAACAAACAUGACGCGUGUAAUUUCUUCGAUAUUGAGAAUGAAAAUAGUUCAGAUUGUGCUCUUCGCAUUGCGAAACCAGCAACUUCCAAUAAUGUUUUUGCUGUGUCUGAUGAAGAAAUAUUGAAAAACACAAAUGAUUUAAAGGAGGAGUUGAAGAAAUGCAUUAAAGCUAAAGGGGACUUGUUUAAGAGUGGAGAUUUCUUGGCUGACAAGAUAAAAUUGGGAACCGUUGGCUUUAAAGAAAGAUAUUAUAAGGAGAAAUUUUCUGUGGAUGGUUCCACCAACAUUGAGAUAAAAAGAAAAGAAGUAGUGCAGAAGUACACAGAAGGAUUGUUGUGGGUUCUUGAGUAUUAUUUUUCAGGAGUUGCUUCAUGGACAUGGUUUUAUCCAUUCCACUAUAGUCCAUUUGCUUCAGACUUUAAGGGCAUGGGUCAAGUGAGAGUAAAAUUUGAGAAAGGUGUUCCAUUCUUGCCUUUUGAUCAACUCUUAAGUGUUCUUCCUCAAAGGAGUGCUCGUGCACUUCCUGAAGCUUAUGCACAGUUGAUGUUAGAUGAUCAUUCUAAAAUAUUUGACUUGUUUCCUCAGCAAUUCGAAGUUGACAUAGAAGGAAAGCGCUUCAGGUGGAUGGGCGUAUGCAAACUUCCAUAUAUGGAUGAAAGAAGGCUUUUGGCUGAAACCAGACAACUCAUAAAUGGAUUAUCUGAAAAUGAAGCAAUGAGAAACUCUGUUGAAGUUGAUAGGUUGUUUGUUAGUAAGAGUCUUAAGUUGGCGGAAAAAAUUUGCUCACUAAGUUCAAACAAGUUAGAUACGACCAUAAGCAGUGAUGGCAUUGGAGGCAUCAUAAGUCUUUGUCACAAGUGUGUUGAGCACAACAAACAAGAAGAUUUUGUUUUCUGUGUCAAAUACGAGUUACCUGUGAAUAGUACAAGUCAUUGUCAUCAUUUGCUAUUUGGUGUAAACCUUCCUCAAAAGACAAUUGUUGAAAACGACAUAAAUGAAACGGUUCUGUGGCACGAGCAUCAACAAUAUCCUAAUCGUUUUGAAAGGUCAAAUAAUCAAGACAAUUGGAGAAGUUCAAACAAAGAGGCUAGUACUUCAAGGUUUCCAACUAAUAGAACUGCGUUUGGUGGAAGAAGCUCUUCACAAAAUGCACCUCCUGAAUUCAUCUACAAAGCUGGAGGUGUUGGAUGGGGUUCAGGACGAGGUCGAGGACGAGGACAGAAUUCUAAUAGUGUGUAUUCUGGGAAGAAUGUUACUUCUAAUUCCAAUAACUCAUUACAGUCUCAAUGGAGUGAGUCAAAGGAUAAGAGUCGUUGGUAA